AUGAUGCUUCCUUUUUUAUCUUUUCUCGCGCUUCAGAUACAGACAGCGAGUGCGCAAACCCACCGGCUCGUUGUAAAGACAGAAGUUAAAACAAAAGCGUUUAGCAAAGAAGCUGAUUUACCGAAUGCUGUUUACUUUGAUGAUCUUUUUAACCUCGCGGUUAAUGAGUGUGAGCUGGAAGGCUUUGAAAUGAAAUCGAAUGAAACUGAAUCCUUUGGUGAUACUGGAAAUAAACUUUGGAAAAUGACUGUUGAUGUCGAUUUUACAGCGUAUUCGAUGAACUACAUAGGAUCGGAUUGCCUUAGACGUACAGUCGAAAAGCCCGACGAGAUAAUUGACCUAAAAGUCCUCAAAGAAGUGAGAAUUUUCGACGAAACAGAGAGCAUCGUUAUUGGGACAUUUUCGAGCAUUGGAUUUCUCAUUAUUCUUCAGGGAUUUGCACUGGCGAACAAAUUCAGCAAUAUUCUCAAGGCGACUUUGAUGACAGUAGGCCAACUGGUGUUUUAUACAGUUGCCGGAUCUCUUGUUUAUUUCAUGUAUCAAGAUGAUACGACAGCUGUUGACUUGAAAGUGGGCUGGGGAAUCAUCGGCGGAACCGCUGGAUUUUUACUCUUGAUCCUCAUUGUCGUUUCUUUCCUCAACAGGUCAUCCGUGAGUUCGGAGUCGAGCGAGAAUCCGAAAAAGCGAGUUCGCAGACGACAAAGGCGCAAUUCAAAUGGCUCGUCGUCUUCAUCUUCUUCAAGUUCUUCUGGAGGCUCUUCCUCACUUGGUGACGCCUUUGAUGCUAACUUCCAGCCGUCUUUAUCAGUUUACGAUCCAGCUCGAAACAGUGAAGAUGAGCGAAAGUCGAGAAAGAACAAGAACCGCUCUCGCCGAACAAAAGUCUACACAGAAUACAGCAACACGAGAAUCUAA